AUGUUGGAAGCCGUUCGGGCAAGGUGGCGACGCCAAUGCUGGAAGAGAAUACUAGGACGACCUCCUCUGGUUCUGCGACAUCGGAAGAUCGAGUCCGGACCCUUCGGCACCUUCGUCGGCGUCUACAACGGCCACGACGGUCCUGAUUACUCGCGAUACGUUUGCGAUAACUUGUUCCGUAAUCUCCAAGCGAUAUUGGCCGAGUCACAGAGUGUUGUGACAUCUGAGGCCAUUCAACAAGCGUUUCGGCGGACUGAGGAGGGGUUCACGACGCUUGUUUCAAAGUUGUGGAACUCCCGACCACAGAUUGCGACCACUGGGACAUGUUGUGUGUUGGGGUGGAAAGGAGGAAGGACUUGGAUUGAAACUGACAUAAAAGUGGCUAAACCCUUGGUGCAAGGCUUGCAAAUUAUACACUUAUGCGAUGUCGAUAAACGUGUGGAAAAUGAUCUUGAGCUUUUGCACAAGUUAGUUACAGAAUAUAAGGUGCCUGCCAGUUUAAGGUUUUCUUUAUUGUCAAGACUGCGGUUUGCUAGGGCUUUUGGUUCUUUGGCUUCUAGACAGCAAUAUACAUGCAUUCGGUUGUAUGCCUUCAUAGUACUAAUUCAAGCAUGUGCUCGAUGCGGAUGA